UGAAUAAGAAUUCUUCUCUUUUCCUUCAACUUUCUGCGUUCGCAAAUCCAAACACAACCGCGGCGGCGAUGGCGACAAUCAGCCUCCGGAAGGGAAACACACGGUUGCCACCGGAAGUCAACCGCGUCCUCUACGUCCGAAACCUCCCAUUCAACAUCACAAGCGAGGAGAUGUACGAUAUCUUCGGCAAGUACGGCGCAAUCCGCCAGAUCCGAAUCGGAACCACCAAGGACACGCGCGGCACCGCCUUCGUCGUGUAUGAGGACAUCUACGACGCCAAAACCGCCGUCGAUCACCUCUCCGGCUUCAACGUCGCCAACCGCUACCUCAUCGUGUUGUAUUACCAGCAGGCGAAGAUGAGCAAGAAGUUUGACCAGAAGAAGAAGGAGGAUGAGAUCGCGAGGAUGCAGGAGAAGUAUGGCGUUUCCACCAAAGACGUCAAGUAGAUGUGAAAGUGAGGGCCAUGGAUCGCUAGUGAAGUCAAUGUGGCCUCGAAGGAUAGCAUUGAAUAUUCCAUUUUCAGAUUCUGUCAAACCAAGCCUUGGUUUCAGUUUCAAGUUAUGCAGAUAUUAUGCAGAUACACUAGAUUCUAGAGGAAUCCUUUUCUUGUUCUAUUUAAGCUCUAUAAACGAUAGAUAAUUUAGAAAUAGCUUUGAAGUUGAGUGAAUGAAUAUGAACCUGCCCAAAAUGGAGGAACACCAGACAGAAGAAUGUAUAACAUAACACCAAUGCUCCAUAUGUCUACUUCUGGCCCAUAUUUCCUCUUCAAGACCUCAGGGGCAAUGUAAUAUGCACUGCCAACAAUAUCUUUGAACACGUCUCCUGUAAAAAAGGUUAAUCUUCGUGUUAAAAUUUCAUUUCAA